AAACCUGUUUAUUGGUACUUCAGCUUCACGAGAAACUUUGCUUCCACAAAGACAAUUUUCAAAAUCUUCACCAGGGAUAAAGCUAAAGCAGCAGCUUGCAUUUCAAGCUGUCAUUGACCCUUUCCAUGCAAAAAAUCGCCAUAUACUUUACGAUACUUAUGGCAUACAACUACCUCUGAUUUCACAGAAAAGACAAGGCAAAGAGACACCUGGUUCAGGACAAAAAGUUAUUGUUGGUACUACAGUUGAACCUCUGGUCAGUCUUCCCAAACAGAAUCGCUUUGACCCAUUGAAUAUACCAGCUUCAAUCUCUGAGAAAGAUGCCCAAAAGGGAAUCCUUAAUUUAAUUGAGAGAGGUUUGAUACCUUCAGCUGCUCAGUUAAGUUUAGAACCUUCUCCAGUCUCAUUAAAAACUAUUAAGCCUUUGGAGGGAAUUAUGACUGAAAAGAAGAAAGUAACUCCUACUCUAUUUGAUUUCAAAGUGAAUCUGCUGCCAGUUAAAGAUGAAAUCUCACAAUCUGAAGAGGACAUUUUAACAAAAAGAAAAGGGGUUUCUCUGAAAAUCAUGAACACAGUUGACAAAAAUCAGUUAUGUGGUAUGACUGUACAGAUACCUACUGAAAAUAUGAAAGAUCUGUCACUACAAAGGACUCUUUCAACAACUUUUCCAACACCACCACCAACAACUCCUACUUCUCAUAAAGAAGAAACAUUCUACAAAAUUGCCAUCCAAGAUGGACGUACACGAAGUGACACAAUGGAAUAUUUAGCUUUUAAGGAGACCCAUCAGGAAAACUGGGGGAAAUUUGCUACUUUGUUACAUUUUAUUGAACAGUUCCUAACAGAUUUUUGUAUCCCUUUUGUAUUUGCUGAUGGAAACAAAUUAAAAGAUUUUGUCAAUAGAGUUGGAACUGAAAGACAACCUGAAGUCAAGGAUCUUAUAAAUAUGUUAAUCAAUCCUAAAACAAUAGAAGAUAUUGUCAAAGUACCUGGUCGUAAAUACUGUGGUCCUUAUGGUAAAAUAUAUGCAGCCAUUACUGUACAAAGCAACUGGCGAAGAAUGAAAGACAGAAAAAAAUUCCUUGAGUACCAGCGGAGAAAGUGGGCUUCUGGCAUUGUUGCUGUUGCAUGGACAGUACAUAUGAGAGUUCAGCGAUACAAGGCUCUUUUAAGACAGACAAGAGCAGACAAUAUAGAAAUAUAUAAACUCAAGAUUAAGGGAUUCCGAACUUCAUGGAAACGAAUUCAAAAUUCGAAGCGAGUUGUUAUACAUAUGCCAUCUUUAGGUUAUCCAGAAUAUAUUAGGAACAAUAUAAAUUUUUUUAAUAUUCAAGAGAAUAACCAGAUAUGCAGGAUUUGUGACAUUGUAGACCCCAAUGUUGAUGUUAUCUACAUUUCUCCGACACAUUUAACUGAAGAGGCUGAACAGUACUAUGAAAAGCUCCUGGCUUUACGACCAGCCAUACUCAGUGGUGAUAUAAACAAAAUCAGUGAUAUGACGAAACGAGUAACAUUUAUAGUUCCUGAAGUUAUAACACAUUUUUCUAGAAAAAAGAUGUGUCUUGCAUCAAUGCUGAAAUAUAGUCCUGUAGCACUGAGAAGAAUAAAAAAUUUAGUGAAAGGUCGUGAAGCAUACAUUGUUCCAGGCAUGGUUUAUAUGGAUGACAUGGAAGUGGCUAAGCAAUUAGACUUAGCAAUUCUUGGUCCUGAUCCUGAAACAGCCCAACUGUAUUCUACAAAGUCAGGAGUCAAGCGAAUUUUUCAGAGUUCUGAAGUAAACAUGCCACCUGGAAUUUUUGAUAUCUAUACUGAAGAGCAGCUUCAUGAGUCUUUGGCUCAAUUAAUUAUUGAAAACUUGACAAUAGGAAGGUGGCUUUUGAAAUUUGACACAACUGUUUCUAGCAAUGGUAUAGCCUAUUGUGAUAUUAUGCAUUUGAAAUGCUUUGUUCAAAUCUAUAAAGAAGCAAUUCGAUAUGGAGACAAAUGGACCCAUAAAUGGGCUCAUGAAUCUUCUUUUAAUAUACUUCUCAAUGAACUUCCUGAGUAUCUCAAACACUAUGCAAAUCCAGUAAAUAAGUCCAGAUAUUGUGCCUGGGAAAUAUAUAAAAAAGCUUUUCUUUUAAGAGGAGGAAUUAUUGAAGCAUAUCCUCCCAGUGAUUUCGUCACAGCAGUACAAGUAGAUCUUCUGAUUGCACCAAAUGGAGAAACCCAAAUACUGUGUACUGGAGAUCAAAUUAUAUCUCAAAACCCUUUUGAUCCUUGGGGUUUAUCUGUUCCACAGUGUUCAAUUGAACCACCAAGAAUCAAUUGUGCUUGUUUCAAAAUAGCCAAUUCAUGCAAAGUCAGGGGAAUCUUAGGAUAUGUAACUGUAAUUUUUGCUACAUUCAUCUGUGAACAAACGAAGCAGCAACUGUUGUGGUGUAUUGACAUGAAACUUGGUUACAGUGAUUCCCUUGCUAUGUUUCAACUCAUGAAAUACAUCAGUAACAUCUAUCUUGAUGUUGACACACAUCACCUGAUUGUUGCAGAGAAUGAAACUCCAACCACAGAAGAACUUUCUCUAGAGAAAUGUGUCUCAAGAAAGAAAACUCACGAAAAGCAGUACCGGUAUGGUGUGUUGAGUACAAAGUUGUAUCAUUCGAAUUUAUCAAUCAUCCACUAUAGUGUAUUUUUCCAAAUGUGCCGAGCUCAUGGCAUUGGCUAUGACAUCAAGGAAAAACAGGGUACACUAUUCACACUCAUUGACUAUACUGCACGAAAUUAUAUUGGAAUGUUGGUCAUUAGUAAGGACUUACGCAAUGGUUUGGCUGCAUUUGCUCGAAACCUCAACACACUACAUGAAGAAGUAUCAUCCCCUAACAUGCAAGGAGAAACUAAUUUCAAGGAGGCCAUUAACAGCAUUGAAGAAAUUAUUGGAAUAACUGUGCUGAAUGAGCAGGAGGAUAAGAAAACAAAAAAGAAAUGAAAAUUAAUCAGACAAGCACAUUAUUCUAUCAUGCUUAAAUAUUGAAUAUUUCUGAUACAAACUUCAUUAGAAAAGAACAACAUGACAAAACAAAAGAGAAAAACAAAAACAAAAGUUUAUUUUAGAUUCAGUUUCAGUACCUAGAGAGAAAAGAAAAGAUUAGAGAUAAAAAACAAUUUGUACCUUAAAUAAAUUGGGGCUUUAUAUAAAAUAUUGAUAGAUUGCUACCAGAAGCAUUUUGGAAUAUUGUGCCUUAUUUUCUUACUAAUAUUUUGUUACCUUUUAAAAUAUUAAAAAUAAAGAAAAUAUCUAUAUACAUGUA